AAAAUUCGCCCAAACCAAAAAAAAAUAUCCGACUAAAAGGGAAUUUUUUUUUUGCCGUCUGAUCUACAACAAGAACAAAGCUUGACCUCGUUGAAUUUCUCCGGGGUUUUUUUUCAAUUUAUCACCGGCGUUGAGGAAUUUUUGGGUUUUCGUGUUGUUUGUCUCUGAUUCAUGGCUUGGGCUUAGAUGCAAAGGUUUGAGUGGCUUUUGGUGUGAAGCAAGUAGAUCAAAGGCAUAAUGCUAGGUUCUGGUAACAGUGUGAGCAGGGGUACUAUAGGAUUGUCAUCUGAUACCCCUAAUUUGUCUCAAGUUUUAGCAUUGGAACCGAUUAGAUUAGGGAAUCAGAACUAUACUCGUUCAGGAGAGCUUAGAAGGGUUCUCGGUGUUCCUAGUAGGGCUUCAUCGGAAGAGAAUUCUUUUGGGAUGUCUCAUCCCAGACCUUCUCCUCCUGUAGCAACUGAGGAGCUCAAGCAUUUUAAAGAAAGUGUGUUAGAUACUUCCAGAGAAGCUGGGGAUCUAGCAAAGAAACUAAGUGAAAACAUAUCCAAGUUGGACAAAUAUGCGGAGACAAUAAGUUCAAAGAAACGAAGGCGAAAUGAUAUACCACCUGGUGAGAGAAUGGACGCAGCAAACUUUGAUAAGGUCAGAAACCAGGUUCCAAGAGCACAAGACAGUAUGGCUCAAAGAUCCGAGGAAAGGAAAAAGAUGCUUGGAUUAAACAAGCGUGCUCGUACAACCGUCGCAGAUGUGCGGGGGGAUGCUAGAAUUUCGGCUCUUGCAAGGCAGCAGGUUACUGAAAAGGGCUCUGAUUCACCUCCAAGUGUUUCUGGAGAACCAAUGCGAAUAGAAGAGAAGAUACGCAGAUUACCUGUUGGUAGUGAAGUAUGGGAGACAAGAAUGAAAAGGAGACGGUCUGUUGCUACCCUAGGCAACAGAAUUAUGAAUCCUGAUCAACGUGUGAUGCAGCCAAAGCCAACAGCUGACUCUAAGUUGCGUUCUUGUGACACCCAAAAUUUCAGGUCAAAAUCCUCACCCGGGGUGAACGGGAUUAACAGACUUGAUGCUUCGUUUGAGCCAGACAGUCCGGGUAUGGGUGCAUUAUCCAGGAAUGAGUUGGAGACUGUUUCCAUUGCAAGGGAUCGUGCAGUGCUUGCUGAGCAGAGGCUAGCCAAGGGAAAUAAUAAGAGAAACUUACUGGAUGAUAGCCCCACAAACAACUCUACUACAAUAUUGAAAGGAAAGGUCUCUAGGGCUCCAAGAACAGCAGCCAUAAUGGGUGUUGAUUCUUCAUCCAAAGUUGAUUCCCCAUCCGGUGUAUUACAAGCAGGUUCAUCUGCACAUGCAAUGGCACAAUGGGUUGGCCAGAGACCGCAUAAGAAUUCUCGAACAAGGAGAACAAAUGUAGUUUCGCCUUUAAUAAAGCAUGCUGAAAGCAAGAUCUCAGCUCAAGGCUUUACAACAUCUGAUUUUAGUCCUAGAGCAUCCCCUGGAACUACCGCGUCACUCUCAGCUGUUGAUAGUAGCCCUUUGAAAAUGAAAAGGGAGUUGAGGAAUGCUUCAUCGCCAUAUGGGUUAUCUGAAAGUGAGGACUCAGGAGCUGGAGACAACAAAACAAGAGAGAGAGCUUUUGCGAGUGGUGACUUGUUCCCAACUCCUAAAUCAGGGUCGUUAUUACUUCCGAUAAGAAAGAAUAAGAUUCAAACCAGUCAUAAAGGAUGUGGUGCAUGGAAGCAAGGAAAGAGCGAAAGUGUCUCGUCGUUGACAACUCCUGGCUUUCAUCCUAUAUUGGUUAAGCCGGAGAAUUUACCAGUAGAGAAGCCUCUUCACAACGUCAAGAUUGCUUCAGAUAAGAAUAGAAGCAAAUAUGGGCGUCCACCUGCGAAAAAGGUUAAAGAUCGUAAACCUGCUACCCGGCUUGCCUCAAAUGCAAAUACUCCUUCAGAUAUUACAGGUGAAUCCGAUGAUGAUCGUGAAGAUAUUUUUGCAGCAGCAAAUUCGGCACGGAAGGCAGCAGAUCUUGCUUGUUCUGGUAAGUUUUGGAAGAAGAUGGACCACUUCUUUGCUGCCGUCAAUGCCGACGACAUGCAAAGCAUGAAAGAUCAGCUGAAUUUUGCUGAAGAACUCAAUGAAUCUCUGUCAGAGGCAAUCUUAGAUGGUUAUAACAUCUUGGGUGUUAAAUUGCCCAAAGCACUACAUCGCCCUGGUGAGGGAAUUGUUGACUAUUCAGGUCCAACCUCAUCAUGUGUAUCUGGUAUUUCAUUUGAGAGAUUGGACAUGAGAAAAUUGAAUGAGAGUACUCCGUUGUAUAAGAGGGUACUUUCUGCUUUAAUUGAGGAAGAUGAUGGAGAAGUUGUACAAUUCAAUGGAGGGAAGAAUCUGUCUCUUCAUUACGCCAGUGACGAUUCUCACUGUGGGUCAUGUACCUAUAUUGACACCGAGUUCAGAGAGAGAGACAGAAUGGAAUUUGAAGUAGAGUCAAGUGGGGAUUUUCAGACCCCUAAGAGUUGUUUGCUUGACAGAUUUUCCAGUGAGAGGAGUGUUGUGUCUAACCCAUUCAGAAAUGGUGGCAUGUCUAUAUCUUUCCAUAGCAAUGAACAGUGGAUUGGGGAUGAUGAUCUUUCACAUUCGGAAGCUGCACUCGGCAAUGAGACAUAUUUAAAUAGUCUGGGUGAAUUGCAAGCUAGGGAAGUGAACAUUCCCAACUUCCCAGUAUCUGACACCCAGUAUCAGCUUAUGUCUUUGGAUGAGCGACUUCUUCUGGAACUGCAGAGCAUUGGUGUGUUUCCUGAGGCAAUGCCUGAUCUGGCUGAAGAAACUAUGAGCACUGAUGUUAUGGAGUUGAAGGAAGGCAUUUAUCAGCAGAUCCUAAACAAGAAGAAAAAGCUGGAGAAGCUUAAUCUUACCAUCCAAAAGGGGAAAGACAUUGAGAAAAGGAAAAUUGAGCAUCUUGCUAUGGACCAGCUUGUGGAAACAGCGCACAAGAAAAGAAUGGCAUGCUGCGGAAGUAAAGCAGCCAAAGUCAACAAGGUCACUAGACAAGUGGCGCUGGCGUUUAUCAGGCGGACAGUUGCUAGGUGUCGUAAGUUCGAAGAAACUGGGUUUAGCUGUUUUGCUGAUCCCGCACUUCAGGAUAUCUUGUUUAGUUCUCCCAGCAACGAUGCAAAAUCAUCAGAAAAUGGCGGCUCUGGAACAGCCAGUAACACGCUCAAUGAACCUUCUAAUCAUCAGGCUGAGGCCAAGGGUUCAGGUGCAGUGUCUAGUACAAAGAGGAGAGAAGCAUUGAUAGAUGAUGUUAUUGGAUGCGCUUCAUCCAAAGUCACAACGAGCAUAGACAGUGCGGUUCUUAGUGGAGGAGGAGCUCAAGGUAAGAGAAGCGAGAGAGAAGAUGGUUUCAGGAACAAGAACAAACCGAAACCAAAAGAAAAGAACAACAACAACAAUAACGAAAACCAAUCAAGAUCAACAACAACGUCAACUCACCCAACAGGACCAGCAAGCAGAGGCGCCUCGAACCGAGGAGGUACCUCUGGAGAUGGUGCAGUUGACGAGGAAGCUCCCAUAGAUUUCUCGAAAUUAGCGUUCCGUGAUCUAGAGGAAAUAGAUGAACAGGCAGAUAUUGGAGACUGGUUCGAAGGUCUUCAAGAUAUUGAUACAGCAGGGCUUGAUGAGGUUCCUAUGGAUGAUCUCUCAUUUAUGUUUGGAUAAGGAGAAAACAAACCACAUUUGACAGGAGAGAAAUUGGUCUGACGCAUACCCACAUCCACAAGUAUUCUUAUGAUUUUGGUUGUGUAUAUAUUUGUAGUCAAUAGCGAUUGUCUGCGUUUUAGGCCGAGUAUUGUUUGACUGACCUAUGAUUUAAAAUAUAUAAUAUAUGCAUUUUCAUCUUCAAAGUA